AUGGGAGCCAAGAAAGGGCUAAGUCCGAGAUCGUCCUCUCCUGUGGCAGGGUUUGCCAAGGGCCGUUUCCGUCCUGUGCACUUUAUUUGGCUGCUACUGCUGGGGAUGUUCUUUCUGUCCAAGCACUGCAUCAUCUUUCUGGGUGAGAUUAACGAUGUCUGCUAUGGCAAGAGUUUCUCCAUGCAACCGCGUGCCAAGAACUCGAUCGAUCAUGAGCACGCACUCGACUGUGCGGCACUAAACACAGAAAAUGACCCCGGAAUUGACGUCAAGGUACACAAUUCUUGCGUCGCUCCCGAAUUCAAAAUGAACGUUCACCCAACAGGCGACUUGGUGUCGAGAUUUAUUCGCAGCUGGGGGUGUUUCGAAUGUUCCCUGGUCAAAAAGUUUAUGCGAUUCUUGGCACAAACACCCCCCGAUACCUUUCUCCUCGAUAUGGGUGCCAACAUGGGCUGGUACAGUUUGCAUGCGGCGGCGCUGGGGCGAGAUGUCUUUGCGUUUGAACCAUUCCAGAAAAAUUACCAGCGCAUUUGCAAAUCCACAACAAUAUUGAACAAGGGCUUUGAUGAUAGAAUAGUGGUAUUCAAUGUGGCCCUUACCGAUCAUCCCACGACCAUUGGAUUUGGGUAUGUGUCCGAAAAGAAUUUCGGUGGCAUUCAUGUCGAGGAAAGUGAUGCUGUCAAAACCAAAGCCGCCGAUGCGGUACGGGGGGUCGAUUAUGCCCCGGGCAUUCAACUGUCGUCCUUGAAAGACGUAUUGCCUACCAAUCGCCCUGCCGUCAUCAAAAUUGACGUCGAACGGGCCGAGUGCGAAGCCUUGGGGGGUGCCUUGGACUAUUUGCACACGAUUGAUCUGCUCUAUGUGCAAAUUGAAUGGAACCCGGCACCCAUGGGUGCCUGCAAGCAUCGAGACGCUAUUUUCGAAUUGUUCCGAAAGAAUCGACUGACUCCGUACCAGCACUAUCCGAUUCAAGAUGUGUGGAAGCCGCUCGACGUCAAGGAGUAUAGUCAAUGGCACAACAGCUGGCUCAUAGAAAAGGUAGGAAAUUACCCCUUUAUCGAUAUCGCAUGGAUUCGAGAAUAA